AUGUCUCCGGCGCGUCCGUGCAGGGGGCUGAGGGCCGCGGUGGCUGCCACCGUGGGGUUGAGCGAGGGGCCGGGGGGCUCCGCCCGGAGGGGCUGCCUCCUCCGCCCGCCGAGCCCCGCUCCGGAGGCGCCGGGGGCCCAGCUGUUGCGGCUCCCGGAGAGUGGGGCCGUGCGGGCCGCAAGCCCGGAGCAUGCCGGCUGGACCGAGGCGCUGCGGGCCGCCGUGGCCGAGCUGCGCGCCGGCGCCGUGGUGGCCCCCACCGACACGCUGUACGGCCUGGCCUGUUCCGCGAGCUGCUCGGCGGCACUGGGCGCUGUGUACCACCUCAAGGGCCUCAGCGAGGCCAAGCCGCUGGCCGUCUGCCUGGGCCGCGUGGCCGACGUCUACGGGUACUGCCAUGCGAGGGUACCUGAGGGACUCCUGAAAGUACCAGGACCAGUGACCCUGGUGUUGGAACGCUCGGAGGAGCUCAAUAAGGACCUGAACCCCUUUACUCCUCUUGUAGGCAUCCGGAUUCCUGACCAUGCCUUCAUACAGGAUUUGGUCCAGGUGUUUGGGGGACCAGUCGCUCUCACCAGUGCCAACCUCAGCUCCCAGGCCAGUUCUCUGAAUGUCGAGGAGUUCCAGGACCUCUGGCCUCAGUUGUCCCUGGUCAUUGAUGGGGGACCAACUGGGGAUGGCCAGAGCCCGGAGUAUCGCCUGGGCUCAACUGUGGUUGAUUUGUCUGUACCUGGAAAGUUUGACAUCAUUCGUCCAGGCUGUGCCCUGGAGAGUACUGCAGCCAUCCUCCAGCAGAAGUACGGGCUGCUCCCCUCGCACUGAUCCUGCUUCUGCAUCUCAGGAAGAGGGG